AUGGCAUCAGAGCUGGCAAUGAGCAACUCCGACCUGCCCACCAGUCCCCUGGCCAUGGAAUAUGUUAAUGACUUCGAUCUGAUGAAGUUUGAAGUGAAAAAGGAGCUGGUGGAGCCCGAUCGCAGCAUCAGCCAGUGCAGCCGCCUGGUCGCCGGGGGAUCCCUAUCUUCCACCCCGAUGAGCACGCCUUGCAGCUCGGUUCCCCCCUCGCCAAGCUUCUCGGAGCCCAGUCCGGGAUCAGGGAGCGAGCAAAAGGGACACUUGGAGGAUUUCUACUGGAUGACCGGGUACCAACAGCAGUUGAACCCCGAGGCUCUGGGCUUUAGCCCGGAGGACGCCGUAGAGGCGCUGAUCAGCAGCAGUCACCAGCUCCAGACCUUCGAUGGCUAUGCCAGGGGGCAGCAGUUCGGCGGCGCAGCCGGGGCAGGGGGCGCCAUGGCCGGGGAGGAGAUGGGAUCAGCGGCCGCCGUGGUAUCCGCGGUUAUCGCCGCAGCUCAGAACGGGAAUCCCCUCCACCACCACCACCAUCACCACCACCACCACAAUGGGGCACACCACCCGUCCUCCGGGUCUCAAUCCGGCGGCAGCGUGGGGGGAAACCACCAGCACCUGCGCUUGGACGACCGGUUCUCGGACGAGCAGCUGGUGACAAUGUCAGUCCGGGAAUUGAACCGGCAGCUCCGGGGGGUCAGCAAAGAAGAGGUGAUCCGUCUGAAACAGAAGAGGAGGACGCUAAAGAACAGAGGCUAUGCCCAGUCCUGCCGGUACAAGCGGGUCCAGCAGCGGCAUGUCUUGGAGGGAGAGAAGACGCACCUUAUUCAGCAGGUGGACCACCUCAAGCAGGAGAUCUCCCGGCUGGCCAGGGAGAGGGACGCCUACAAGGAGAAAUACGAGAAGCUGAUCAGCACCGGCUUCCGAGAAAACGGAGCAUCCAGCAGUGAAAACAACCCUUCAUCCCCGGAGUUCUUCAUGACGUCAAGAAAAUUCCUCCAUCUGUGAUCGAGAGCUGUGACUUCUCCGUCCCACCACCCUGGAGUCUGAGGUA